AUUUCGCUGUGUUUUUUUGGGGAAAAGUUGAGAUUUCGAGUGCAGAAAUAAUUGGUAAUAUAAUUCGUUCGGUUUCGCUUUUGUUGCGUGAAGAUACUGAGGAGUUGUUGUUUCUAAAAUAAUAGUGAAUACUAAGUGCGAAAUAUGAAAGUUUCGUAAAAUAACGGUGUUAUUAAAAUUAAUAAGCAAUAGUGUGGCGUACAAAAUUUGAAGUUUUCGCAUUGAAAUCACUUCAUCAUAAUUAAUACGCCAAACAAAAUUCUGAGGGAAACUUUCUCUUGAGUUGUUCGUUUGUUUGUUUUUGUUUUGCUGUUUAUUACAACAGCAGCUGAGACAAUAGCGGCUACAUUGCAUCUACAGCCAAGAAGAAAGUUAAAAAAAAAAAGCAGAAGAGUAGGAAGGAAGGAAGGAAGUAUAAGUACACACAUAUACAAAUAUACAAAUAGAGAAGAGCACACAGCUGUGUUAACUGUAUCCACUGCAUUCUACUCUGCACGCUGAAUGGGUGGCGGUGUUGUAUUUCUAAUUGUCGUGCCGACAGCGAAUUUUGAACGCGAACUCAUUUAUGGCUUCCCACCAGCUGGCAACAAUGAAUUACCACCGCCAGUGCCAUCACAUCGUGCACCACUGCCGCCUACCACCACAGUCACCACAUCGGCUGGCACAGCGGUUGCGCCCACAUCAUUGCCGGGUAAUAAUAAUUUAAAUAUCAAUCUGCCGGAGAGCAACAACGCCAUCUUACGCCUCGAAGUUGAGCUGCGCGACAAGCAUGCACCGAAAUAUAAGCGCGGCAUGGGACGUGGUGUUGGCGGUGUCGGUGCGGGACGUGGACAAUUUGGCGGCGCUGGCGGUGUGGGUGGUGGUGUAGUUGGGGGUGGUGGUGUUGGUGUGACAGGCGGCAGGCGUGCACCGCAAAAGUUGGCAGAGGAUAAGAAUGCAAUGGUGCCGUUGGAGAAGGUACUCGAGGAGCUACUCACUAAACUGGAAAUUGAGCAUGUCACUUGGACCACCAGUCGCAAGGGCUACUUUCAUCAUGUUGUCUUCCCACUGCCAUCCGGUGAGCCAUGCGAAACUACGCUGCACUGUCUAACUCAACUGGGUAUUGGUACGAAAUUAAAUUCCAGCGUAAGCAUAAUACCGUGCAGUGUCACUUACGAUGCUCUCACCGAUCCAACUGUCAACAAGGAUGACUACAGCGAUGACCCUACCGCCGAGGAGCUAUCAAAGUGGAAUUCAUUUGUCGAAUCAAUUAAAUCGAAACUAACCGUAAAACAAGUGGUUGAUGGUGUACGUUCGGGUGGAUCAUUGUCAUUCGAUUAUCUGCUCUUGAUUGUGACCGCUGACUCUUUAGCUGCUUUGGGUUUAAUUGAGAAUAGUGCUACAAAUAUUGUCGCUGCUAUGUUGGUUUCCCCACUCAUGGGACCGGUGAUGGCAAUUACUUUCGGCACCAUUAUAUCGGAUAGACAAUUAGUGCGCACUGGCUUUAUAACUGUCGCUACCGGCAUGUUUAUAUCAAUACUUUUUGGUUUCAUAUUUGGUUUGCUUUUGGGUACAACAGAAAUGCCGUGGGGUUCAGGUGAUUGGCCAACAGAGGAAAUGAGUGGCAGGGGCAACUCCCGCUCUUUGUGGAUGAGUAUUUUUUGGGCUCUAACUUCUGGUACUGGAGUGGCCGUGGCUUUACUGCAAGGCGCCGCAGGGCCACUGAUUGGUGUUGCCAUUUCCGCAUCGCUGCUGCCACCCAUGGUGAACUGUGGCCUCUUUUGGGCACUAGCGUGCAUUUGGCUUAUUUACCCCGGCAUACGUAUACCACACUUGAAGGGCGAACCUUUGGAUGGGAAUAGUUCCUAUCCGUUUCUCUACACAAACUAUUUACCAACGGAGUUUUUCAUCAAUGGCAUAAUAUCUUCACUAUUAACAGUUAUAAAUAUUAUUUGUAUUUUCAUAACAGCAAUUAUUGUAUUGAAAAUCAAGGAGGUUUCAGCGCCAUAUACAGCGAGUCCGGAUUUGAAGCGUUUUUGGGAAACUGACUUGGGCACCGUGCGAAAAAUGAAUCGUUCAACAAUGCGUCGAGGUAAAGGCGGCUACGGCGGCGGCGGUGGUGCUUUUGGUGAUAUGCGAUUACCCGGCUAUCAAGGUCUCGAUGAGCCACGCAAUCGUGAGCUGGACACUGUUUUGGAGCAGGCACUGAAGGAGGCUGAAGAUGAUGUUACAUUCAAGAAGGUCAAGCGCAUGAGUUACUCCAGCAAUGCAGCGGGUGGUGAGCUACCGCAGCGCUUGGCACGCAUGGCUGGUCUCAAUCUACGCGAACCGACAACAAACAAUGACUACGGCGGCAUCUUGGGUAAUGGCUCGCCAUUCGGCAGUCGUGCUGGCAGCCGCAUGAAUUCCAUAAGAAAUUCCAAAAAGCAAGUCGAUCUGAAGGCACUCGACAAGCUUAUAUCUAAUCUGUUGGAACAACAUACAGCGGCCAUCAAGAGCGGCGCAGGCACAUCGGCUGCGCCUGGAUCCCAUGUACGCGGUACUUUGCCACAUCAGCGUAAGACCUCCUUGAAAUUAAAUCGUUGGCGUCCCACGUCACGUUCAGCGCACUCUUUCAAUGUUGGCGAUGCAGACGGUCUCGGCGGCAGAGGUGGCAGAGGUGGUGGUGGCACGGAGUUAACAAGUGCACUCGGACUCGCCAGCAUGACAGGUGGCGGUGGUACAAAUACAAUGCCAACAAUUAUGGAAUCGGGCAUAGGCACACCAACGCCAACGCCAACGCGCAGUGAUGUCAGUAACAGUGUGGGUGGAGGCAGUGGCAGCGGUUGGACGUCAUCAUUGGAGCGAAAUGCACGUGCUGCACGAAAUGCGCUCUCCAAUAUAGCCAAUGCACCGCAGAGACUUAGUCAGGGCGCAAAUAAUGAGGAAACUUUGAAUUUGACAAAGAACUAUGUGCCGUGAGUUGGCGGGCGUACACUUGUGAGAUCAAAAGCUGUGGGCGCAAUCAAUAUGUAGUUUUAGUAAAUUUUCCUGGCAACGCUAUGAUAAUUUCGAUAUGUUGUUGUAAUUUUUGAUUAGUUUGUUCAAUAAAGUGAUAAUAUGCAAACUUA